CUGUAGACCUCCCAAGUAUUUAAGUCUCCUCGGCGUCUUUUGCUGUCCUGUGUGAUGGACACAUGGCGAAAUAUUUCUAAUAUCUGAAGCCGGACAGACAUUAGCUUCCAGCCAUGGGGGACUGGUCUUACAUGUCCUCUCUGUUGGACAAGGUCCAGUCUCACUCCACGGUGGUUGGGAAGAUCUGGAUGAGCGUCCUCUUCCUGUUCCGGAUCUUUGUCCUGGGAGCCGCCGUGGACAACGUCUGGGGGGACGAAGUGUCCGAGUUCUACUGCGACAGCCACGAACCGGGGUGCAAACACUCCUGCUACGACUGGAGGUUCCCCAUCUCCUUCGUCCAUUACUGGGUCCUGCAGAUCACCUUCGUGUCCACGCCCACCCUGGUGUACCUGGGCCAUGCCAUCCACAUCAUCCACAGAGAGAAGAGGCAGAUGGAGAAGCUGCGGGACGUCCCUGAUGGAGCUGUCCGGAGGAGGCUGAGGUACACAGACGAGAGGGGGAAGGUGCAGAUAACAGGCGUCCUCCUCUGCACCUACAUGACCCAGCUGGUGUUCAAGAUCCUCCUGGAGGUGGGGUUCUGUGUGGGACAGUUCUACAUCUUUGGCCCCCCGUUCAUGGAGCCUUACUUCCACUGCACCAGGUCUCCUUGUGCCUCUUUAAGUGGGGCCCAGUGUUACGUCUCUCGUCCAAGAGAGAAGACCAUUUUCGUGGUGUUCAUGCUGGUGGUGUCAGGCGUCUCGGUGCUGCUCAACAUCCUGGAGAUGAUCUACCUGCUGUGUGGCCGGAGGAGAGACAGACGGUAUGAGCAUCAAGCCCAGCAGGAGGCGCUCUUGUUACAGCAGCAGUCCUCUAACACGGCGCGGGAAGCCGCGAGGAACCAGUAUGGAGGCCACCCACUGCUGCCCCCCCGCCAGGGCCCCACAGGCCCCGCCAGUGAGGACAAACACAAGGACUCAGACGUCAGUAAAAAGAAGGUCCCCUGAUACAUGAACACACACGUCAAUCAAAUGGAAACACAUCUUUGCUCAAUAAUAAAGUUAAGGUGGUUUCUUUUCAAAUUGUACACACAAUAUAGACUGAAAAAACUGAAAAUAAUUCAAUUAGAUUUCACAUCACUGUAUUAGGUUAGUUGAAAGCAAUAAUAUCAAGU